GUGAAAUAUGUUAAAUUUAACACAAAAUUUUUUACUGUGCAGGAUCGCGGGUCUUAAUUAAUCCUGCGGCCUUCAGGGCCAUAUACGCGCCUGUCGCAAUUCUGUCUCUUCUUAAAUUUUCUUUAAUUCUCCAGUUUUAUACAUAUAUAACCUUCUUAUCAAACAAUAUUUAAAGGUUUUAAUUCUUUUUGAAAUAACGCCAAGUAAUUUCGUAGAAAAAAAUAAAUUACAACGGAAUGCAGCUAAUAAGAUGUCAUGGCCAGAACCCGGAUCUUAAUAUCGUUUUCCCUACUCCAAGUGCAUGCUAGCGGUCGAAUGCCGUGAAAAAUAGUAUCGUCCAUGCCGGUCUAUUGAUGCAUGUGAAGUGAGGAAAACGGCAUCCGAUCUCUGAGUCAUGGCAACACAUGAUCAGAUUGAUUAUUCGAAGUCAGUUACUAUUAUGAUCGCUAGCUAAAACACUACCGCGUUAUUUAUCGUUUGAUUCUAACUGUAUUAUACAAAUAUCAUAAAAAAUUAUGUAAAAAGAGUGGAUUUAUAUACCAAUUUUUACUCAUCAGUAAUGGAUUUUAAAAAACACGUAGUAACACAAUUGAAUGUAGUAACACAAUCAAUGAGAGAAACAACUAAUUGAGGAUUCAUCGGAAACCGAUUGAGUGCAAACGUUUACGAAAAAUGCAAAUUAUGUUUGGAACAAUUUUAUGUGUUUUAUUAAAAGAUUUAAUAUUGACAAAGGCAAUUAUCACUUUUAUACCGAAGGAUUAUACUCCUUCAAACAGCCUUCAGGAAGAAAAUGUUUCCAUUUGUCCGAAUUUAAAUUUCACGCAGGAUAUUUCAAUCUUCGAGAAAAGUGAUCAUCAUAUACUAAAUUUCAAAUCUGACCGAAGUCAUUCUGAUAGUACUGUGAGAAAUAAGCGAGAAGACGAUGAAGUUACAAAUACAAAUGUUUCUAUCAUCCCAGAAUCUAUCGAAAGCAGUUUGAGCAAGCCGACAUCUCUCAGAGCAUUUGUACAAUUCAACAGUCAAUUCGCAGAAAAAGUAAACGACAUUUUUGUCACAUUGAGAUGGAACCAACCUGAAUUUAUUAAUGAAAUAAUACAAGGAUACACAGUGCAAUGUUUUUUCAUCGAAGACUUAAAAGAGAUUCAAACCUGCGACGAUAAAAAUAUCAUAACUACAAAAUUGGAGCACACGGUACACAAUCUAAUAUCUAAUACGAUAUAUUAUUUUCGAGUACGUGCACAUACUAAAAUUGUUGCUGGUCCUUAUACGGAUUUAAUCAAUGUGUCGACUACACAUGAAAAUUCAAUACCAAAAUUAUUAGUCAUAACGAAGCAUGAUAUGGUAAUAUUGGACGUGGAUUCAAGCAUUACUAAUGUUGUAAUGUCAGAAUCAGUAAUAGAAUAUAGCUCCUCCUUUUCCCGAUCAGCAACAUAUGUCGCUUAUUCGAUACAGGAACGUAGAAUUUAUUGGAUAACAGGGAGUGACCUAAUGACAUUAAAGAUUAAUGAAAAUAAUAUCACAAAAAUAGCUAGCUUUGAUUAUUAUCCACAUGAUCUUUGUAUUGACUGGGUAGGAAGAAAUCUAUAUAUAGCCUAUCGAAAAUUAGACUACUCUUAUAUUGUAAGUUUUGACUUAACAAUGUGGGAAAAUGGCAUAAUUAAAUUUGAUGAGAUUUUCAAAUCAAAAAUGAAUAUUCUCCGUUUAAGUGUAUCUAUGGGAAUUUUAUAUUCCCUACACAACUCAACGAAUGGGGUAUUUUAUAUGACGCAAUAUCCUAUCGAUAGAAAAAAUAUACAAAUUCAGAUAAAUGCAUCUGUUUGCCUAUUUCAUUAUUCAGAAUAUAAUUUUCGUGAUAUGAUUAUUGAUAACAUGAAUAAUGAGGAAUCGUUAAUUUACUGGUUAAAUAACUGGGACAUAGUUGUAACAGACGUUAACAUUUCUAUGUGCAAUGGGAUUUUACACAAUACAGAGGUAUUAGAUUAUACUCGCUCUUUCCGAUCUAUGACGAUUGACAAAACAAACAUUUACAUUAUAGUAGAACAUCCAUUUCCAUAUAUACUCUACGUUUUGAAAAAAAAAUAUGUCAGUCUCAAGAGCGUAAAAGCAGCCCAAUAUGUUGAAAAGAUAAGAAUAAAUUCAGAUAAUUAUAUGUUUUAUAAAAUUUAUGCUUUUGAUAAAUUUUUACAACCAUAUCCUCCAAUGAGAUGUCUGACACCUGACGAAAGAGUUUAUAAUUUCGAAAAUGUGAAUGCAACGUCAAACACUAUUUUUGUGAAUCUUCCGCAGGGAGUUGUAAAAAGUGGAUGCAAAGAAUACAAUUUACCAACUAUUAUAUAUACCAUCUCCGUAAGCUGUUUAGACAACAAUCUUAACAAGUCUGAGAAAUUCGAAGUGCUGACGGCCGAACGAUAUUACGAGAUUCAGAACUUAACACCCUUUACAGAAUACAAGUUGAAGUAUACUUUAAGCAAUUUUUACUUUGAUCAAUUAUCAAUAAAUCCAUUCGAUUCGAAUGUGAUAUCAAUGAAAACUAAUUCAGGCAAGCUUAAUGCACCAGAAAACGUAAGUGCUCUAGCUUUGAAGCCUACUAUAGCAGUAGUUCAUUGGAUGCCACUCAAGAAAGUGAACUGCGUGGCCGCGACCUACGAAGUGCAUUGGAAGUCAGUUACAUUAGCGAACGGCACGCAACAAAAGGGCAAACAAUUUAUCAAUAUGCCGAAACGUACGGCAGACGGCAGAUUUUUCACAAAGAUACACUUGUCGCUACCGAUACAAGAUUACUUGAUAUAUGUGCGUGUGUAUCCAAAUAAUUUCAGCGAUUUCUACAACGAGAGUUUAAGCAAGAUCGAUCACAUAUACUCAGACCCAAACAAUAUUACUUUGAGCGAAGUCGAAAUAAAUAGCAUGGACAUUUCAUGGAUCUCAAACAUCAAUCUGACGAUCUCUCCUACGUUAGAGUACAAAGAGAAUGCAACAGAAAAGUGGCAAACAACAAAUUAUAUUAAAAUAAAUUAUAACAAAGAAAUAAUAUACCAUAUCGAAAAUUUACAAUCGGGAACUUUAUACAAGUUUCGCUUGAUAUUAAGAUAUCCCGAAUAUGAGGAAAAUUUUAUAUGGCCGGCUGAUGAAAGAUUUAUUUUUUCAACACUUGAUAUUUCGGGCACUCCUGGAAUAAUAGCGAAAAAAUAUUACUUAAUAUUGAUGUUAGGUUUUAUCGUUAUAGUUACUAUAAUCUGCGUCUGCUACUUUUAUCGUUUGCAUCGUGAACGCAGAUAUAAUAAUGAACAAUUUUUGUCUUCGACCGAUAUGGAAUUGGCCAUUCUAGAUGAAGUAUCUUGCCAAUACACUGAAUUCAAUACGAUUUACAGUCCUAUGUUACAUUGUAAUCCGGAUGAAUGUGCGAUAACUAAAAUUGCACGUAAACAAAUUACAUUUACAAAACUUCUUGGUAGCGGCGCAUUCGGAAUGGUGUUUCAAGGAAAGGUGAAGAACUUAGAAGGAUCGAGCACAGAGAUAUCCGUUGCAAUAAAAACGCUUCGGAAAGAUGCUUCUUCCCGUGAGAAAAAGAAUUUAUUAAAGGAAGCCAAGCUUAUGAAUCAUUUUCGACAUAAACAUAUAUUAAGAUUGUUGGCUGUUUGCUUGGAUGGGGAUUCUCCGUUACUAGUGUUGGAAUUGAUGGAAACUGGUGAUUUGUUAAAAUAUUUGAGAGAUUGUCGAAAUUUGCAAGCGUCAGAUUCGCCUGCUCUGCGUUUGCAGGAUUUGCUCGCCAUGUGCGAAGAUGUUGCGCGAGGUUGUUGCUACUUGGAAGAGUUGCGUUUCGUACAUAGAGAUCUAGCGUGUCGCAAUUGUUUAGUAUCUUCGAAAAAUCGCGAGAAUCGUGUCAUCAAAAUUGGAGAUUUUGGACUAGCUAGAGAUAUCUACAAGGGUGAUUAUUAUCGCGUGAAAGGACAAGGUUUGCUUCCUAUUCGCUGGAUGGCACCCGAAUCUUUGAUGAUCAGAAUAUUUACUUCUCAAAGCGAUGUUUGGUCAUUUGGGGUAUUAAUGUGGGAAAUUACAUCGUUGGGUGAGCAACCUUAUAUUGCCAAGACUGAUGAAGAAGUGAUAAAUUAUGUUCGUGCUGGAGGCAGGUUGCCGAUAGCUCUUAACUGUCCGUCACCAUUGUACCAGUUGAUGCUACGUUGCUGGAGUGCAGCGGAUGCUAGACCAAAUUUCAAAUUUUGUCUGGAAAAUAUUAUAGCAUUAAGAAAGAACAUAGAAGAUACUUUAUUGAAUCCAGUUGAUACUAUUUAGCUGAUAUAAUUAAAUUAAUGUUUAUCUUCUUUUCCGAACGAUUCAAUAAAUCUUAAUGG